AAUAAUGUAACAUUAUAUCAAGAAAUGUUAAUUUCCAAGCUUUGUUACCUCGGACUGCUGUUUACCCAGAUCAGGUAUGGUUUGGGCAUUGGUGUAGAUCCGGAGCGAAACAAGCCUGGCAAGUCACCCUUGCGUAUGCCACCUUCAUAUACUGACCUAUCUUGGGACUGCGCUGAUGCACUCUUACGGAAACCACCUACUACUGACUACAUUCUACUAUUCUAUUCGCCGUAUAAUCCAAUCUCUAGGCAGUUUAUGAACUUAUUUAUUACAUUAUCGCACCAAUUUACUCAAGAUGGUAAAUCUGUUAAGUUUGGCCGCGUUGACUGUAGCGGAAGCUUAAUGGGUGAUAAUUUAUGCCACCGUUACAAUGUGGGAGUUGUUCCUUCCGUGGCCUACGUCUCACAAUUUAUCAUUCAACGUGAGCAUCUGUCGACACAAGGUACCGUAUCACGCGCUCUGCGUUGGUCGCUUAGUAAAUCUAUAGAUGAUAUUAAAUCACUGCACUCCACGUGUUACAAGGGUGACCUGUUUAUAUACCAGGAACUAUACGACUGGGCAUCAAUUCUAUAUAGCAUAGGACGCAUUAGGAGGUUGUUCGACAAAAUGAGUCUAGAUAACAUGCUCCAGCGUUUGCUGGGUUACUUUAGACAUUGAGUGCCGAUGUCACUUCCAUAGGAGGUACAGUACGAUAAUGUCCGAGACGAAUAUGGCUAGUUGAACUAUAGCCAUACCAAAUAGCAGGGACGCUAUUGGUUUAGCUCUGCAGAACCAUGUGAA